AUGAAUGGACACUUUUCCGCCGUCGGCGACCAGCCGGCGAACGGCAGCUAUGAACAUGGUUGUCAGGUCAUAGACGAAGAAAAGGAGUUCAACCCCAACUUGAACGACUAUCUCCAGACCACGCGAGUUGCUGAAGCGGGCUUCAACUACCACCUCAUCUCCGUCUUUGGAUCUCAGUCUACGGGAAAGUCGACCCUUCUUAACCACCUUUUUGGCACCACCUUCUCUGUCAUGUCCGAGACGGAACGCCGUCAGACGACUAAGGGAAUAUGGCUCUCUAAGAACAAGCGGGAGACGAGCUCAGGAACCAAGAUGGCAGAUAACAUCCUCGUUAUGGAUGUUGAAGGAACCGACGGCCGAGAGCGCGGAGAAGACCAAGAUUUUGAGAGAAAGAGCGCCCUGUUUGCACUGGCCACCAGUGAAGUCCUGUUGAUCAACAUCUGGGAGCACCAGGUUGGCUUGUACCAGGGAGCCAACAUGGGCCUGCUCAAAACGGUGUUUGAAGUCAACAUGCAGCUGUUCUUGAAAGAUAAGAACUCAACCCCCCGAUCUCUUCUAUUCUUCGUCAUUCGAGACCAUCUUGGAGUGACUCCCUUGUCUGCUCUCCAAAACACAUUGAUCCAAGAUCUGACCAAGAUCUGGUCCUCAAUCUCCAAGCCACAGGGCCUUGAGCAAUCCCGCAUUGAGGACUACUUUGACUUUGGCUUUGCUGCCUUACCGCACAAGAUUCUACAGGGCGAGAAGUUUGAAAGCGAAGUCGCGAAUCUAGGAGCGAGAUUUAGCACAGGACACCGAAAUGGUGCAGAGCUCGAAGGUGGCAUCCUCCUGCCCGAAUACCACAGACGAAUCCCUGCGGACGGAUUGUCUGUGUAUGCCGAGGGUAUUUGGGACCAAAUCGUGAACAACAAGGAUCUGGAUCUUCCGACGCAACAAGAGCUCCUUGCCCAGUUCCGAUGCGACGAGAUAUCUCGAGAAGUCCUUCUAGCCUUUGACACGGUUUUGAUUCCACUAGAGGAGAAGCAGGCCGAAGCUUCUAAACUUGGCAAGCCCAUUGUGCUUCCUGAUCUAGGUGCUGCCGCUAGCGAAGCUCGCGAGAAAUGCUUCAAGGCAUUUGAGGUGCAGGCCAGCCGAUACCACAAGGGCGUCUAUUCACGAAAGAAGCAGGAGCUGGAGAGCAAAAUCGACGGGCGACUAAAGACCUUGUACCUGGGCCAAAUCGCGGCAGCUCACAAAGCAGGAGUCGCCGCCUUCAGCGAGGCCGUUUCGAACAAGGUGAAGGCAGGCCAAAAGGCGGGUGGAGGCUACGAAUUUGCUGAGAUUGUUUCCAACGAAAAGAAGAAGACCACGGAAAUUUUCAAGACGGAAGUAGACAGCUUGACGAUUGAGGGCGUUGAGUGGACCAACUUUGUGUCUCAAUCUCAACUAUUUGAGGCUGAGCUCGAUGAAGUUAGCGGCAAGCUGCGCAAGGACGAGAUUCGACGACUGGCCACACGGGUGGAGCGCUGGGUCAAGUCAAGGCUGGGCGAUGCUGUUGGCUUAGAAUUCAACAAGCUGGGAUCCGGCAGGGGAGGCUCAGGAGCUCCUGAAGAGGGCCAAAAGCCGGCGACAGAAAAGGACCUUUGGGACAGAAUCUGGAAUGUCUUUACCGAGGUAGUCCGUGAGGCUGAGGGACGGUUUGCCGAUCGAGCCAAGAGCUUCGAUGCCAGCGAUGCUGAGGUCGAAGUGGGCCUAUGGCGCCUUCGACGAAAGAGCUGGACGGCACUUCGAGAGAAGAUUGAAGAGGAGGUCAUGGAGGGCAACAUCCUUUUGAAGCUUAGGGAAAACUUUGAGGACAAGUUCCGAUAUGACGAGGCUGGUGUGCCUCGAAUCUGGAGGCCAACGGAUGACAUCGAGGGCAUUUACACAAAGGCACGGGAGUCGACACUGACGCUCAUACCUCUUCUUUCAAAAUUCAAGCUCCUAUCUUCUCAGAAGGCGCCCGAAUUGGUCGAGUUCAUUGGCGCACAGCCCAGCGGCGUCGAAGCUGGCGAUGAAGAAGAUCUUACCCCGAUUGGCGGUGUUGACGAAGAGGAGGGCAAGAGCCUUGAAGAGGAGAUGACGAUGCUGAGCGAGAAUAAGCGACAAGAUUUGGUCGUGCGUUUCAAGAAGACGGCUGAUGGCGUGUACGUCGAAGCCAAGCGAAGCGCCAUUGGCGGUAUGACCCAGGUGCCGUGGUACUUUUACGUGCUUCUUCUCGUUCUCGGCUGGAACGAAAUCUGGAUGGUCCUGCGCAACCCGAUCAUGUUCAUUCUUCUCAUUCUGAUUGGUGGAGGAACAUACACCGCAUGGUAUCUCAACCUCUUGGGCCCCAUGAUGCAGAUGGGCAACGCUGCUGUCAACCAGGGCGUGGAUAUUGCCAAGCAGCAGCUGCGGGAUUUCGUUUCCAACUCAGACACCGCGCGACAGGCACUGGCCAUGCCAGCGAGGCAAGACAGCGACGUCAGCAUGGACACAUUGGACAGCCGAGGAAGAAAGAAGAAUGAGUCUGACAGCCCGGAUGACAUUUAG